AGGGCACAGCGCUCUGCUCCCAGCGUGUGCAGUGCCCGUGCUGAAGCCAUUUCCGGGCUGCCAUUGGGUGAAGGGAGCACAGCGUGCCCUUUCUGCCUGACCUAAUUUGCUCUGUGCUUUCCCGUCGUUUCCCUCUCUUGCGCUGUGUGUGGUGCUGUGAUUUGUCCCUCCCGGAACCCCAGUGGCCCCAUCGUGCGCAGUUUCUUCACCUCAGGUCCCAUCCGUAACAUCACCAGAGCACCGGCACCAAUUGGUCCCAUACCCCCCCCAUUGAGCAUCACCACCACCGCCAGGUCAUGGUGUUCUAACCUUGUCUCUUACCCCAAUCAUCAUCCUAGACUAGGUCGCUAUUGUACACCACAAUCCAGGCGACAAGAUGUCGGUCGCAAGCAAGAACCUGUUCGAGCUCCUCGGCAACGAUGCCGAGGAUGACACUCCUCAGGCGCCCGUGAAGACGGUUGAGAAGAACUCUCUGCGCUCAACCAAGCGCGGCGUCGAGCCCGAGGCCCCUUCCCGUGCCCCCGCUGCCGGUGGUGCCCGUCGCAACAACGCCUCUGGCAACGAGGCUGCCUUCCGUGACCGCGGUGCUGGCAGCGACCGCAACCGUGGCAAGACCACCGACGAGCCUGCUAGAGGCGGCCCUCGUGGCGGCUACGGCGCCCGUGCCCGUGGAGGCCGUGGUGGACGUUUCCCCCGUGAGCGUGAUGACCGCCAGUCUAAGGGUCUCGCCAGCGGCUCCGAGAAGCAGGCUGCCCAGUCUUGGGGCGCCACCGAGGGUGAGGCUGAGCGCAAGGACGAGGUUGCCGGCGAAGCCAUUGCCCAGGCUGAGGCUAAGGACGCUGAGGCCGAGGCCGCCGCUCCCCUCGAGCCCGAGGAGCCCGAGGAGAAGCAGGUCUCCUACACCGAGUACCUCGCCCAGCUUGCCGAGAAGAAGCUCGCCAUCGAGGGCAACAACAAGGUCCGCGAGGCCAACGAGGGCACCAAGCUCAAGAAGGAGUGGGCUUCCGCCAAGGAGGUCUCCCGCGAUGAGGAUGAGAACUUCAUGAUCGGCACCGGUGGCAAGACCAAGCGCGAGCGUGAGCGCAAGACCAAGCAGCUCCUGGAUAUCGACCAGCGUUACGUCGAGCCCGAGCGCUCUUCCCGCGGCGGUGCCGGCGGCCCCCGUGGUGGCCGUGGUGGUCCCCGUGGCGGUGCCCGCGGUGGUGACCGUGGUGACCGUGGCGGUCGCGGACGCGGCGAUGGUGCCCGCGGUGCCCCCCGUGGUGGUGCCCCCCGCGGCGGCCGUCCCCAGGGCGCGCAGAUCAACACUAAGGACGAGUCUGCGUUCCCCAGCCUCGGCGGCAAAUAAAUGCCCACCAUAGGUCGCCUAUAUUCGCCCACAUAUAGGUUGAGACAAAUGUGCUCCGACACAUAUAUCCGGCUCUAGUCAAUGAUGGAGAACGGAAGGGAAGGACCAGUUUUCGGAGAAAAUUUGCAGAAAGGAUUGGUUGCGUCAAGGUUUCCGAGGACUGGGCCGGCUGAUUUCUGGUCGUUGCACGAUAAAUGAAAGGCUUUUUUCUAUCUAGGUACUCAUGGACGGUAUCGUUCAAAAAAGUCAAAAAUGGUCUCGUUUGCAUUGGUUUUUAAAGAAAGUAAAAAUGUCCCAUCUAUUAUCGUGUGUUACCUGAUGGCUAGUUUUUUGAAAUGCCGC